AUGUUUUCUUUCUUUCAUUCUUUCCGUCUUUCUUUCUUUCAUUCAUUUUUUCUUUCUUUUCUUCGUUCGUUCUCACUUUUAACGAGUUUUAUUCCCGAGUUAACUCAGGAGAUUGAAGAAAACAUGGAAAAACGAGAGAAAUUUUCUUCUUCUUCUUCUUCUUCUUUUUCUUCUUCUUCUUCUUCUCUUUUUCGUCCCCUUUGUUGCCCUCUAUCAAUAAUGAUAUAUUCCUUUCUUUUAUUCUUUCUCUCUUUAUCUUCUUCUUUUUACCUUUUUUUAAACCAGUUGCCCAUUAAUAAUUUCUUUCUUUUUUCUCUUUUAUUUUCUUUUUCCUUUUUUAUGUCUUUUCUUCUUUUAAACAUUCUAUCCUAUAAUUCUUUCUUUCUUUCUUUCUUUACUCUUUUUUUUUUUCAUGAUUUCUUUCAUUUUCUUUCUUUAUGUAUUUAUUUUUUUGCCGAUUUAUUUAUUUAUUUCAGUUCAUUUUUAUUUAUUUCAGAUCUUUGUUGCUUUCUUAUACGAGAGAUCUUUCUUUCUUUCUUUCUUUCUUUCUUUCUUUCUUUCUUAAUCUAUGUUUUCUCCAUAUUUCAGGCGACCACCAUUCUUUUUUUUUUCUUUAUUUCCUCCUGCCGCUACCAACAUUUCUUUCUUUUUCUUUAUUUCCUCCCUGCCGUUCUUUCUUUCUUUCUUUCUUUCUUUUUCUUAAUCUAUGUUUUCUCCAUAUUUCAGGGCUACCAUCAUUCUUUUCUUUUCUUUAUUUCCUCCCUGCCGUUCUUUUUCUUUCUUUCUUUCUUUUCUUUCUUUCUUUCUUUCUUUCUUUCUUUCUUUCUUAAUCUAUGUUUUCUCCAUAUUUCCAGGCGACCACCAUUUUUUUCUUUUUUUUUCCUCCCUUUCUUUCUUUCUUUCUUUCUUUCUUUUCUUUUCUUUCUUUUCUUUCUUAAUCUAUGUUUUCUCCAUAUUUCAGGCUACAAUCAUUCUUUUCUUUUUCUUUAUUUCCUCCCUGCCGUUCUUUCUUUCUUUCUUUCUUUCUUUCUUUCUUUCUUUCUUUUCUUAAUCUAUGUUUUCUCCAUAUUUCAGGCGACCACCAUUCUUUUCUUUUUCUUUAUUUCCUCCCUGCCGUUCUUUCUUUCUUUCUUUCUUUCUUUCUUUCUUUCUUUCUUAAUCUAUGUUUUCUCCAUAUUUCAGGCUACCAUCAUUCUUUUCUUUUUCUUUAUUUCCUCCCUGCCGUUCUUUUUCUUUCUUUCUUUCUUUCUUAAUCUAUGUUUUCUCCAUAUUUCAGGCGACCACCAUUCUUUUCUUUUUCUUUAUUUCCUCCCUGCCGUUCUUUCUUUCUUUCUUUCUUUCUUUCUUUCUUUCUUAAUCUAUGUUUUCUCCAUAUUUCAGGCUACCAUCAUUUUUUUUUUUUUUUAUUUCCUCCUGCCGCUACCAUCAUUUUUUCUUUUCUUUAUUUCCUCCCUGAGGUUCUUUCCUUUCUUUCUUUCUUUUCUUUUUCUUUAUUUCCAUUCUUUUCUUUUUGCCGUUCUUUUCUUUCUUUCUUUCUUUCUUUCUUUAAUCUAUCUGUUUUUUCUCCAUAUUUCAGGCUACCAUCAUUCUUUUCUUUUUCUUUAUUUCCUCCCUGCCGUUCUUUAUUUUUUUUCUUUCUUUCUUUCUUUCUUUCUUAAUCUAUGUUUUCUCCAUAUUUCAGGCUACCAUCAUUCUUUUCUUUUUCUUUAUUUCCUCCCUGCCGUUCUUUCUUUCUUUCUUUCUUUCUUUCUUUCUUUCUUUCUUUCUUUCUUUCUUAAUCUAUGUUUUCUCCAUAUUUCAGGCUACCACCAUUCUUUUCUUUUUCUUUAUUUCCUCCCUGCCGCUAUUUUUUUUCCACCAUUCUUUUUUUUUUUUCUUUAUUUCCUCCCUGCCGUUCUUUCUUUCUUUCUUUCUUUCUUUCUUUCUUUCUUUCUUAAUCUAUGUUUUCUCCAUAUUUCAGGCGACCACCAUUCUUUUCUUUUUCUUUAUUUCCUCCCUGCCGUUCUUUCUUUCUUUCUUUCUUUCUUUCUUUCUUUGUUUUCUUUCUUUCUUAAUCUAUCUUUUUUUCUCCAUAUUUGGACCAAUUCUUUUCUUUUUUUUACCAUCAUUCUUUUUUCUUUUCUUUAUUUCCUCCCUUUGCCUUUUUUCUUUUUUCUCCCUGCUGUUCUUUCUUUUUCUUUCUUUCUUUCUUUUAAUCUAUGUUUUCUCCAUAUUUCAGGCGACCACCAUUUUUUUCUUUUUCUUUAUUUCCUCCCGUGCUUUCUUUCUUUCUUUCUUUUCUUUCUUUCUUUCUUUUUCUUUCUUAAUCUAUGUUUUCUCCAUAUUUCAGGCGACCACCAUUCUUUUCUUUUCUUUUCUUUAUUUCCUUUUUCUUUCUUAAUCCCUGCCGUUCUUUCUUUCUUUCUUUCUUUCUUUCUUUCUUUCUUUCUUUCUUUCUUUCUUAAUCUAUGUUUUCUCCGUAUUUCAGGCUACCAUCAUUUUUUUUCUUUUUUUCCCUUUAUUUCCUUUCUUUUUCUUUCUUUCUUUCUUUCUUUCUUUCUUUCUUUCUUUCUUCUUUCUACCAUUCUUUUUUUUCUCCAUAUUUCAGACCGACCUUUCUUUUCUUUUUUUCUUUUUUUUUUUUUUUUUCUUUAUUUCCUCCCUUUUCUUUCUUUCUUUUCUUUUCUUUCUUUCUUUUUUCUUUCUUUCUUAAUCAGGCGACCACCAUUUUUCUUUUUUCCUUUAUUUCAGGCGUUCUUUCUUUCUUUCUUUUCUUUUUCUUUAUUUCUCCCUAUGUUUUCUCCCUUUUUUUCUUUUCUUUCUUUCUUUCUUUCUUUCUUUCUUUUUUCUUAA